CCUCCUGGUCAGACGAACCUCCUCAGCUGACCUCGCUGGAUGUGGGGGAAGAGCAGCUCGACUCUUAGCCUCUCCCUGGAUGCUGGAGCUCCUCUCUUUCUCUGCGAGACUGGCCCUGAGAGAGGAAGCUCGUUUCUGCCAGGUUUAUCCAGAACCAUGCCCUUUGGAUCAAGGUGAUCAUCUGAAUCCUGCAGAAAAAAAACCUCCAAACCCAUCUAUCCACCUCCGCCACUAUGACUAACAGGACUCCAGUCUGUGAGGCUGACUGCUAAUCAGGAUACCUUGAAGAUGGCGAGCUCUGACUGGACCGAGGGGCCUCUGCAUUGGGUCAUAAGGUGAUCCACCCUGGAAACCGGCAGAACCCCCACCGGACUUUAUCUGGAAACGUUCCUCUCCCCGAUGCUUAACGCUGAGAAUCUGAAUCCCGAGACGUUUUGCUGUAACCUAUGAGAACUGAACCUGGCGCUGUGAUCCAGCUCUCUGGUCUCCCGCCUUCAUCCCUCAGCCGCAGACGUCAGUGGAACCUUUCAAUCUGCUGUGACAUUCAGGUUAAUCUGAUUAUGAAGCUUUCCCCUGAGACUUCUCUUUGUCAAUGACGGCCAUGAUGGAGACUCCUUUCUACCACGACGACUCCCCCGCCGUCCCCAGCUUCAGCCAGGUUGCAGAGUACGAGCGUUACCCAGGAAGUAAGAUGCUGAUGAGUAAGAAGGCCAUGUCCAUGGCUGGAAGCCACCACUUCCUGAGUGGGGGCAGUAACGCAGCAGUGGGAAGGAGUGGGAACCACAACAACCUGGUGCUCACCGGUAACGGCGCCUUGAUGACAUCAACCUCGUCAUCUACGCCGUCGUCUGCAGAUAUGAACCUGCUAAAGCUGGCGUCCCCCGACCUGGAGCAUCUCAUCAUCCAGUCUAACCAGGGACUGGUCACCACGAGCCCGGUGUCCAACUCCAGCAACCCUUUCCUCUACCGCAACCAGGCCACCAACGAGCAAGAGGGGUUCGCAGACGGCUUCGUUAAAGCCCUGGCGGACCUUCACAAACAGAACCAGUUGGUGGGAGGUGGACACAUGUCCCCGUCCUCGUCCUCCACCGUCUCCCUGCAGGCGUCCUACCAGAGGAAUCUGAUGUCCGGAGGAGACAUGCCGGUCUACACCAACCUGAGCAGCUACAACCCCGGCCAGAUUCCUUACCCCAGCGGGCAGAUGGCGUAUGGUGGAGGUUCAGGGCAUGGUGGCGGUGGCCCCCCCACCCACGCCCGAGGUCUAGACGCCCCUCAGAUUGUCCCGGAGGUGCCCCACCCGCCGGGCGACCCCACCUCCCCGCCUUCCCUCUCCCCCAUCGACUUGGAGACGCAGGAGCGCAUCAAGGCGGAACGCAAGAAACUCCGAAACCGCAUCGCCGCGUCCAAGUGCCGGAAGCGGAAGCUGGAGCGAAUUUCGCGGCUCGAGGAGAAGGUGAAGGUGCUGAAGAGUCAGAACUCGGACCUGGCCUCCACCGCUGCAAUGCUGCGGCAGCAGGUCGCUCAGCUCAAACAGAAGGUCAUGAGUCACGUGACCAACGGCUGCCAGAUCGCUGUGGCGUCCGGAGCGGCCUCCAAAUCUGGGGGAGGAACCGGCAGUGAGGACUCCAGCUGCUGAGGAGGUUCACCAGGAGGAGGUCAAUGAUUGGAUGAGAAGCCGAAAGGCCAAAGGUUUUCUACAACUAUGGCAUUUUGCCCAGAUUGUUAGAACAAGCACUGGGCGGGACUCUUGGUGUUGAGAAACCUGGAUCUUACUGGGAUUAACAGCCCGACAGUUCAGAUGAGCCAACCUUCCAGUCCAAGUAGGACAAAGGGAAAGCAACAAAUGGAGCAGGAUGGAUUAAUCUCUUUAAAUCCUUCCAAUUUGGGAUUCUGACACUGAAAUAUUAAAGGCAAGACCAGCAUUUCUGACACAUCUUUAACCAUCUGGUGGGAUUUGCUCACAGCCAGAUUCCCAACGUUUUUUAAUUUCAGCUCGUUGUUUCCCUCAGAUGUCGCCUGAGAAUCA